AUUUAUUUUAUUUUAUUUACUCAAAGUUAAGGUUUGAGUUUGAGGAUACAUAAUUCGGUGAUAUUGAACCAAAAUAAAAUCCUCAGUCUUUCUCUCUGUGUAACAUACUCUUUUCAGCGAUUGCCGCCAUUUCUUGAUAGAAAAUGGAGUUUGUUUACAAAAUAGUUGACAUAGCUAAGAGAGCUUCAGACAACAAUACAGUGAUAAAUGUUGGUUUGUUUUCGUCUUUUGCAUUACUGGGACUGAGAUCUUGGAAUCAGCAAAAUACUGUUGAAGCUUUAGAGGCCGAGAAGGAAUCUCUAACCAAAUCCAAUAAAUCCAUUAGAAAGACUCUCUGGGAUUGGAAGCAGCAGCUUUAUGCUGAAGCCGCAACUGAUUCGGCCCCGGUUCCUUUGGAAAGACUCCAAGCAAUCUAUGGAGAAGCUCUGCCUCCUCAACAAUCUGCAUUUGGAGAUACUGCGAGUAAAGAUGCAAAUUUACCUGCUCCAACCAAAAUGAUGAUCUGAGAUCUGCAAUGUUGUCACUUAUCAUGAUUUUAGAAGCUUUUAGCGUCGGAUGGCUGUCAAUAAAACAUUUUCUUAGAGAGCAGAAGCAUGUAACCUUUGUCAUAAUUUGUUUUAUUGGCAAAUAAAUGUAGAACUUGGAGUUGGAGAAAUGACAAAAACACAAUUUUAAUUUGUGUUAUGUCAUAUCUUUCUAACAAUUUUGAAGAGCAGAUAAAGACAUAAAAUUUGUUAGCUGAGAAGACACUGUCUUCAAAUAUUAGCCCAUUAAUUAAACUUGCCUUGGUGCAAAUACGCAGUACACGACGAGCACAAAGUUGUUAGGUCAUGUCAUUUUUUAUUUAUAUAUGAAUUGGCGUAAUGGUGAAUUUCGAAUAAGAUUACUUGAUGUGGAAGAAAUUUAUGAGAAACAAAAGAAAUGGUUUGUACUAACAUUGUUGCGAUGUUUCGUUACUAUCUGUCCUUCUAUUCAGCUUACGUGCGACUUUUAGAAGGUAAUUUUGGAGAAUAGCCAAACAUGUGAUGAUGCAUUAAUACUUUUAGGAUAUCGAUUGGAUUAAAAUUAGACGAAGCAAAACAAAAUUUGUUUUUUACAUUAAAACAUAUAACUUAAAAUCAUAUGGCAUGUUUUUCGACUAACAAUCAUCAAUAUUUUGAAUGUAUCAGAAGAAUGCAUAAUAUUGAGUGCAUGUAAUCUAAAUCCGUAGAGAGCUCUAAUGGUAAAAUAAUGGGACAUUUGGUGCAUUUUUUUUCUUCAUUUUUUUCUUCUUUUGAAUCAAAUGUGGUUGAUCAAAAUUAUGUAACAAAAGUAUAUUAUUCAAUAUUCACUGUAACUAUUAAUUUUUCUCGCCAGUGUUGCCAUGUGCAAACAUUUAUAGCCAACCUUUAGAUCAUCUGGCGAAGUAUCUAUGUCUUGUUCAACAUACGAAACGAUGGAGUUUGUUAGGACCACUGUUGAAAGUUUAACUCUAUGUACUAUGUCUUGUUCAACAUACGAAACGAUGGAGUUUGUUAGGACCACUGUUGAAAGUUUAACUCUAUGUACUAUGUCUUGUUCAACAUACGAAACGAUGGAGUUUGUUAGGACCACUGUUGAAAGUUUAACUCUAUGUACGCAUAUGUUUUCUUUUUCUCUAUGCUAAUGUUAUUUUCCCAAAAGUAUACGAUUUCAGAAGUGUUGCAUUGUAGAUGGAAGAAAGGAUGACAGAUACUAUGCACCAUGGUUGUAGAAGCUGGAGGAAAAAAUGGUAUUGUUGCUGCUGACAGGACCACAUACAAGUACCUUGAGGUUUUUGGAAUUAUAUAGUGCCCUCUAUGUUCCCAAUUUCUUUUAUUAUGUCUUCUGUCGGUUAUCAAGCUUGUAAUAUGUGUUUAUGCUUGUGUUACUUCUCAUACAUAUACAUACAUUGCAAUGUAAGUUGCUGAAUUUUCAAUUUGAUAAAAAAGAGUGAAAUGCACUAGUUCUGUAAUUCUUUAGGUAAGAUCCUGCAUCUGUUUAUGCAUGUAAACUAACAAGUUUUGCCAAUCAUACUCUUGUUUCAUUGGCAAGAUAAUGCAACAAUGUUUAAAUUGACAGAGUAUACAUUGGAUCAUGCACAGAUGGAAAGACUGAAGAUUUUAUGGCUGCAGCAAAAGUUUUCUUAGCUGGUGUAUGUCAGCUAUGAUUUUCUUUCUCUUUCAUUUUCUUUUUCACAUGAAGACUGCAUAUAUUUUACAAUAGGAACUGGUCCACAUUUGCUUGUUUAUAAUAGUGUGUUAAAAUAUGGUAAACAUUAUUGCUGGUAUUUUCAAACUUCUUUUAACAUAAUGAAACUGGUUCAACUGUAGGGACUAUUCAUGUGAAGAUACAAGGGUUUUGUUAGUAAUAGGCUUAUUAGGUAGUUGGGAGUAUUGUUAGUAAUAGGCUUAUUAGGUAGUUUAUUUAUUAUUAUUAAAUGUUGUGUGUGCAGUAACUGUUAUGUAACUGUUAUGUAACUGCUAGGUAACUGCUUUGUAACUGCUUUAGGUAGUUAGAAUUAUAAAUAUAGGGUGAAAGGGAAAAGGAAGGGAUCGGGUAUUUGGUAUAUUGGUUGGUUUGGGAGAGACUAGGCUCUCUAAAUCCUAGAGGUUGGUUUAUUUGUCAAUUGUUGAUUAUAAACAAUUUGUACUUUGGUACCGGUUCCUAUCAACUGGUAUCAGAGCAGUUUUGAUCCUAAGCAAGAAAAUCCCAAUAAGGAAAAAUGGACAUGCCACAAUUUGACGGCGGCGAAGAUGCCUAUUGGUGGUUGAUUUGUAUUGAGAAACACUUUGAUGUUGUGGGAACACCGGAAAGUGAGAAGUUGCCAGAGGCAGUGAAAGCCUUGAGAAACCGUGCUCUAAAAUGGUGGCAAUGGUGGAGUCGACGCCAUCUACAAGCGAAUUGGAAAACGUUUUCGGUUGCGCUGCUUUGGCAUUUUAAGCCAGAGUAUAGAGACCUUCUUCCUAUAUCAUAUGAAGAAGCGGAACCUGAAUUAGAAUCGGAGUUGUCGGCGCCUCACACAUUAAACCUUCAAAAAGAAGAAACAUACCUAGGAAAUUCUGCCCUCAUUCAGACAGUGGAAGAAAGAAAGAAGGAAAAGGUAGAAAUUCCUAAAGUAGAAGAUGUUGAAAAUUCGCUCAUGAAUGUCAUUAUCGAAAAGCAACUAGUGACAAAAACAAAUUUUUGCAAAUUUUUUGGUAUCAACAGACAUUUUGAUGAACAUGGCGAGACUAUGGUGUGUGAAUCAAUGACAAGACUAUCUAGAACAACUAUCGGAGAAAGCAAGGCUUCACUCAAGUUGGACAACCUAGCGCCGUCACCGCCGCCAAAGCCACCAGGUCCAGACGAGUCCUUGGUGAAGGGUGGAUUAUUCUCUGGUUUGAUAAAACCGGCGCUGCUGAUGCCUACUGCUGUCAUGCUAUGUUUUUGGAUCAAACAGACCACUCAAAACAGAGUGUAUGAUCCAGGCAUAAGUUAUUAUGUUUCACGCCUUGCUCUAUCACUCUGCUUCAAGUAAUGGGACCCUGGUGAUAGUUUAGGGGGGGAGUAUUGUUAGUAAUAGGCUUAUUAGGUAGUUUAUUUAUUAUUAUUAAAUGUUGUGUGUGCAGUAACUGCUAGGUAACUGCUAGGUAACUGCUUUGUAACUGCUUUGUAACUGCUUUAGGUAGUUAGAAUUAUAAAUAUAGGGUGAAAGGGAAAAGGAAGGGAUCGGGUAUUUGGUAUAUUGGUUGGUUUGGCAGAGACUAGGCUCUCUAAAUCCUAGA